GCCAACACCCUGCUGAACAAGAGCUUCGAGUUCCCAACCUUCAUCCGCCACGGCUCCAGCAAGAACUUGUUCGAUGCGCUGGACGGCGACGUGACCUUGGGUGUCGCUUUCUUCGAUCACCGUGGCCACCUGAAGGAGACGGUGCCCACCCACCACCCCUUCAAGAAGAUCUUGGCGCUCGCCUACUACGAGGCCACCGAGAUGACGGAGACUAUCAUGGGCCCCGAUGGCAACAUCAGCAUGGAGACAAAGUUGGCAGCCGACCCGGCCUACUACCACCUCUGCGAGGUAGCCAAGACUGUUAGCACCACGUGGUUUGCUCUUACCGACAAUUACCACAUUGUCAAAGCCCCGGUGAGCGUUCUCAUGGAUGGGAUGAAGCCGGUCCUGCCCUACGUGCUCAAGGAGUCCAAGUACUGUGGUGAGCGCCCCAACUGCAAGGCCUCUUUGGAGCAGGCCGAGGAUCUCUUCAGCAUCAACCUGAACUACCACCAC